AUGCCUCUAGGUGUAACACCAGAAGAGGUUUUGGCUUCUAAGGAUUCCAUUUCACAUCAGGCAAGUGACAGGCACUCAGAGGUGAUCUGUCCAGAGGAUAGAAAAGGAAAAGCAUCUAGAUUGAGCCAGAGCCCAGCCUUGAAGGACAGCUGCUUUCAGAAACAAUCAAGACUCUUGCUCAGCAGCCCUCAAGUGUCAACAUCAACCCAGACACCAGAGAGAGAGCAAGAGAUAUGGGAACAGUCCUUCUGCUUGACUGACAACUCUUCUGAUGCUGACACCAGCUAUCUCAGAAACCAUCAUCAACAAUCAAGCACAAUUGAUUCAUUGGCAGCAUACUUGACAUUGACUUUAGACCUGGAUGUGGAUCUGGAUGGAUGGAAUCACAUUAAUAACUCAGUACAGAGGGGUUCAAGAGAACACUUGCUUUGUAGACAGCAGAGGGAGAUCAGAUGGUCUGCCAAAGAGACCACAAGACUGGUGCAGCUGUGGGAGAGGCACAGCAACAACUGGGCUUUGAUCAAAGAGCUGGACAAGGAUAUGCCUGAGCCCAGGCUGUGGAACUGUACACAGGUGGACCUUAAGGAUUGGAUGCAAAAUGUGAAGAUUGGCCUUAUGAGGAGAGGUGAUCCAGUACUGGAUGACUACUGUCAGAUUCACCUAGGUGACUGGCACCUGAAAUCAAUUGCACAAGAGUGGCUAAGACAACAAGAAUGA